AUGGUUUUCAAUGCUUUAGGUCAUAAUGAAGAUCAAGGGCAUUUAGAAGAGGAAGAGGAGGAGCCAAUUGAACAAGCUGAGCAUUUCCUAUAUGUGUUAAAGGCUUCCAAACAACCAUUAUACGAAGGAAUUUCAUUGUAUGUGUUAGAGAUGGCUGCCAGAAUUACUAGUCUUAAGUGCGAGUACAAUUUGGCCCACAGAUGUGUUGAUGGGUUUUCUUCUUUGGUUAACGAGGCGAUUUCUAACAACAACCAUAUGGCUGACACAUUCUAUGAGGUGAAGAAGAUUGUGAAGGGGUUGGAGUUGCCUCAUAAAAAGAUUCAUGCAUGCUCGAAAGGAUGUAUGCUAUUUUGGAAGGAUGAUGUUCAACUAUCUACAUGUAGGGUGUGUGGCAGCGACCAAUACAAGAAAACUUCUAAAGAUAAUGUAAUUAUAGAAGACAACAUCAAUGAAGAUGCUGAAGAAAGAGAUGAAGAUGCUGCUAUAAUAGAUUAUGACAAAUAUGACAAGGAUGAAAACAUAAGUAGAUGUUUAGUUGGUUAUACUGUGUUGGACUACAAUGAUGGAUUUUUUUUAUACAAAGCUCAUUCAAGAUCAAUUGGUUUCAGUGUUAGAAAAUCAACAAAAAGAAGAGAUACCAAUGAUAAACUAUAUGAGUUUUAUUUUAGAUGCUCUAAAGAAGGACAUACAAAGGGUAAAAUAAAGAUAGUAGGUGAACAACAUUCAGUAGAAAUACCCAUAUUGGGUAAAAAUGAUGAAAGAAAGAGAAAAGAAAGGGAGGUAAAUGAAACAAGUACUGGAUGCAAAACUCAUAUUCGUUUUAAGAAAAAUAUAGAAGGUAGAUUUGAUGUUCUUACACAUGAGUUGGAACAUAAUCAUGAACUGGUAAUAACAGUUCGAAGACAUCAUCUAAGAUCAGAAAGGCAAAUAUCAGCUCCAAUGGUUGAGCUAAUUGAGAGCAUGAUUGAGAGUGGUAUUAAACCAAUGGAUGCUUAUAAUUAUAUAAGAUGAAGCUGGAGGAGAAGAAUGUGUAGGUCAUACUAAGAGAGAUCACUUUAAUUAUGUAUCAAGGGUGAAAAUGAGUAUGGUUGAAGGUGGAGACAUGCAAAAUGUAUUAGACACCCUUUAAGAAAGAGCCGAUCAAGAUCCCUCAUUCUUUUAUAGAUUGAAAUUUGGAGAAGAAAAUAAUGUUGUGAGCUAUUUUUGGCGUGACUCUCAUCAAAUGCUUGAAGAUUUCAAAGCUUGUGGUGAUGUUUUAAACUUCGAUACAACAUACAGAACAAACAAAUAUGGGUUGAUAUGUGCUCCAUUUGUUGGUAUAAACAAUCACUAGAAAACAACAAUGUUUGGAUGUGUAUUCAUAAUUGAUGAAAAGACUGAUACAUUUGUUUGGCUGCUUUCAAUCUUCAAAAAGUCAAUGUGUGGAAUUGAACCAAAAUCAAUCUUCACUGAUCAAGAUCUUGCAAUGAGCAACGCCAUA